UUUCUUUCACUGCUUUACAUAUAAUGUCUUCUGACGAAGAACAAAGGCCCUUAAACGGGCGAUCACUUCAUAACGGAGUGAGCCACUGGAACCACUUGAGAAAGAGCACUAUGAUCUUUCGUGCCUUGAUAGUCUUUUUUAUUUUGAUAGCAUUGUCUGGAGGCACUUGGGUUAUACAGCAAUUUCUAAACAGGAAUAAAGGAAAUAUAGAUACACGUCCUUUAGAAGGCUAUUGUUCCCAUAUUCAACCUAUUCAGUCGAGCGAAUAUAUCGGUCGACACGCACGCUUAGCCAAUGUAUUAAAGGACGAAAAAGCAGACGCGUUAAUUAUGGAAGGAGGCGCCUCCAUGGUUUAUUAUACCAAUAUUGAAUGGGGCUUAACAGAGAGAGCAUUCAUGGUCGUUCUUGAAUUGGAUGAUGAACAACCUACUGGUAUCUGCACCACUAUUGUCACACCUGCCUUUGAAGCAACUCGUGCAUUGGAGAGUUUAAAGCAUGCCAAUUUACCUGAAGAAAUCCGACCUCGUAUCGUUGAAUGGCUUGAAUAUGAUUCUCCAUUUGACGCUGUUAAAUCAGUAUUUGAUAGCAAAAAGCAAUAUGGAAAACUAUUUGUUGAGCAGGAUGCACGUCUAUUUAUCUAUCAAGGCAUUGCAGACUCUUUAAAAAAUCACAAUGUCGAGAUGGCCUCAAGAUCCAUUCGCAUGUUACGUAUGAUCAAAUCAGUUGCUGAACUUGAUAUUAUGCGUUGUGCGAGCACAGUGACCGAAAUGGCAAUUCGUACAGUACGUCCUCAUAUAAAGGUUGGCAUGACAGAAUUUGAUAUUCAAAAUAUUAUGGAAGACGCACUUCAUAAGGCUGGAUUAAAGAAUACUUGGGUGCUUGCGUUGGUUGACGAAAAUGCUGCUUUACCUCACGGCUCUUCAAGCACAAAGAAGGUAACCGAACACAGUACUGUCUUAAUUGACACUGGUGGUGAAUUACUUGGCUAUCAAUCUGACACAACUAGAACAUUUUUUAUGGGAAAGAGAGGACAUAAUCAAACGAUUGAAGACGCUUGGUAUUUGGUUCGUCGUGCACAAGAAAAUGUUUUAAAUAGAGUAGGAGUUGGUAUGACUUGUGCUGAAGUUGAUCUGACUGCACGUCAGAUCAUUGACAAAGGAGGCUAUGCGGAGUAUUUCACACACCGUCUGGGACAUGGUAUAGGCUUGUUAAUGCACGAAGAUCCCUACAUGAAUCAAGGCAAUAUUGAGCAGUAUUUGGCCCCAGGCAUGACAUUUAGUGUUGAACCAGGAAUUUAUAUUACAAAUGAAUUCGGUAUUCGCCUUGAAGACAUUGUUGUAGUUAAAGAAGAUGGUAGAUUGGAGUUACUCACUAAAGGUCUGGCUCAAAACCCCUGGACUCUUUGAUUUAGUACACUUUAUUUGAAAAAAUUUCAUUGUGAAGAAAAAUAUCAAAUGAGCAAAAAUAAAGAAUUUAAGAGAUAA